GAGGCCCGCGGCCUGUGCCCCUUUGCCGCGGCAACUGUUGACAUAAUGACAGUUCGACUGUGCGAGAACUUUACCCCGCCUUGUCAGCUGGGCCAUUCCCGCCAACACUCCCGUACGUGCAAAAUGUCGUCUGCGUCUGUGCCAAGAAUUUGACCGCGUCUUUCUCUCUACUAUAGGAUGGGAUGGACAGCGAUUUGGCUGAAGUUAUUUUUGACGACUUGGGAUGGGACAGCUUCUUCCCCUGCCACCCCGAGAAGGGAGUGGACCUGUCCAGAAUAUACGACAAACAGGAUCCGCGAAGAUGGCAGGAAGAAGACGGCGAACAGAGUAGCAGUGAAGACGAGGACGUUGACCUUGCGACACGGGCCCUCCCCCUGAAGUGGUACAUGAUCUCGGAGGCUGGCGGGGCCCGGAGCUUCAGCACGACAGAGGAGUCUCAAUGGCACGGACAUGAUGAAGGUAGCUUGGACGACUUUGACUGGGACAACUACGUACCAGCUCGCCUCGGCCGCUACAAGCCCACGUACGCCUUCGUCCUGACGCAUGGCAACAAUCUCUACCACGACAAGGACGUUUCAUCUUACGGCAAACGCGCCGGACAUUUCCCAGCGUACAGUUCCUCUGCUCCACACUACAACACAGUCGCCAUAGAGCCCCGCGACAUCAAGUCUAACAACUGUUACGUUUACGAGAACUUUGAUGCGGAAGAAGGAAAAGAUGUCCUAAGAACUGUGAACCCACAAUACCUCAUGUUUCCACCGCCGGAAGACCUGUACCAGUCUUUCAACAAACCUAUCAGUACCGGUGCCAACACAAAUCCUUAUAAACACCGGUACCAGGGCAGUAAUGCCAGUAUCAAACAUUCCGCUGUAACUAAGAGCAGAGCCAAUGACAUCACAAGUCAGAAGAAAGCUGCGAGACAUAGUGGUAGCAAAACAGUGAACAACAGCAGUUUGGGUGACAAAGACUUCAAAGUUCGACCAGAAACUAUCGGUUUUAGGUUGAAAAGCAGACACGAAGCAAGUCACACUAACUGGACGAAGACCUCACAAAUAAACGCGUCCGGUCUAGAAGAUUCAACUUGUGUGAGUGCAAGACUGGGCAAAGAGACCAACAACAAGGAAAACAGAGGCAACCGACCUCCAGAAAAUUCUGAAUCAGAUCAGAACCAAACAACGAAAAGUCACCAAAACGCGACGGUCCCUGAGGGGAAAAGGAGACGAGUUCGUCGCUUCUUUCUUGGGUAUAUGAAGACUUCGGACUCGCUCAAUGACAUAAAGGAAGCUAUCUAUAGUCACGCUAGGGAACAGGGAGUAGAACUAACCUACGUACGUAUGAUGAAGAACGAACGACAGGGUGUCGUCUUCGCUAGAGUCAACGUCGCCAUCGAGCAAGCCAAUAUUGUACUGAAGGAGAACUUCUGGCCGUCUGAUAUGGUAUUUAGACCGUGGUUGUCUAAAGCGAAGUAUAAAGAGCAAGGAGGCACUAGGAUGCCUUAUAUUGAAGAAGAACAUUCGUUAGAAGUUUCUUGUUAAACAAGACGAUCGUCAUUAUUGUUACAUGUAUUAAACGGACGUUGUGCUACUUCUUACUGAAAUAUAUAAUCUUCUGAGAGA